UGCGUUGUUUUAUGCGGUGACGACUUUGUGAUGUGGUCUGAAAGUUCGCAAUUUUUGUAGUGGGUUGGAAAUCAAAAUAGGAAAUCAGAGAAGAAGAAAAAGUUGACAAUUUUAGCUUCAAGAGCAAUUAUGCAAUGCAGAUUUAUGCGAUAUCACGUUACCAUUCAUCACGUAGCAUGUUCAGUGUGGUAACUGAUACAGCAGGCAUUCGUUAAGUUUUUACGAUUAGUUACUCAUUAAUUUGCAGUUUCAACAGUCGCAUAACGUUUCCCGUUUCAUAACCAAAAUGCGUAAAAAUCAAAGCACAAAGGCUCCAGCUGCAGUCUCCCAGCGUAUUACUCGUCUGAAAUCUCGUGAAAUGUCUACCAAGCCUGCACCUGAAAGGAAGCUCAAAUCCGAAAAAAAAGUCGUCAUUGUCAAUAAAAAUUUAAAAAAAGUCAAUGUUAGUGCAAAAAACAAAACUUUGCACCUAUCAAAGGAAAGUGUAUCUCUAAGAAACAAUCGAACACCAGUGAGACGUUUACGUCCUCGUCAAACUAGAAGAAAUUAUUGUGAAGACUCAAGAUUACUGCAGCAAUUCAUUUCACCAAAGCAGCAGGACAGUAUGGUGAUAAUAGAAAAGUUGAAAGAAAAUGUAGAAAGUAAAAAAGUACCUGUAUAUAAAGCUGCAGAACCUGAGAAAUCCUCAGAAGACAAGAAGGAUGUAUAUGAUUUUAAAUUUGACUCAAAUGACACUAAAGAAAAAGCUCCUAAAAAGAAAUUAAGGAAAAGAAAUGUUAACAAAGAGAAAGGCAAACCGAUCAAGAGAACAACACGUAAAAAAGUUAUUGCAAAAACACGUAGUCAUAAGAUAAUUGAAUCUCCUAAGAUUGAUGCAGAUCCUUCUGUGAAGAUUAUUCAGAAUGAUUCUCCUUUAGAAUUUGUAGCUACAACAUCAACAAAGGAAAAUAAUAUGAAAAAAAUUGAAAUAAAUAAAGAUAUUCAGACACUGAAAGAAUUAGUAAACAAGAAUAUUGAGAAAGAGGUUGAAUCACCAAGAAUAGAUGCAGAUAAUCAGAUGAUACAAGUACUGAAUAAUACUGGAGGCCACAUAGAAGCACCAAGAGUAGACAUAAAUAUUCAUGAAGCAACAACUUUUUCUGGCACAUUUAUAGAGCAAGUUAGAAAGGAAAAUACAAGCAAGCCAAGAAUUAUAUCUAUUGAAAAUGCAAAUAAUAUUAUAGUCACUACAUCCCCACCUAAGAAAACUGACGUGCAGCCCUUUCGGCCCAAGAAUAUAUUUGAUAAUAAAACCUUAUCAAAAGAACAUGACAGCACAUUAAGAUCUACCGUAUUGAUGAAAACUUUGUCCCCCAUCGUAAAGACGACGAGUACUUUUGAUUUUGGAAGUCCCUGGCGACCUCCAAUAUUAACGUUCUCUAAAACUAAACACUUUAUUCAAAGUACACCAUAUAAGGACUUUGAAACAAAGAAAGGAAAUAAAGAAAUAAAGAAAAAGAGCAUUGAAAUAAGUAAGGAGAUCAUGGAACCAAAUAAGGAGAACAUGGAACCAAGUAAGGAGAAUAUGGAACUAAAUAAGGAGAAUAUGGAAUCAAAUAAGGAGAACAUGGAAAUAGAUAAAGAAAAUAUAGAUAUGAAUAAAAAAAAUAUAAACCGAAGAGACAAAGAAAGAAGAAAGAAAUCUAUCAGUCCUCGCAAAAAGCACGUAAUUCUGAAGAAACUUCCAAGUCUAGAAAAUCAGACUCCACAGAAACUUCGAGCGGCAGUUGCACAGAAAUCUGUUGUACAACCAGCACCUGCCAGAAUAUCCCUGGGAGAAAUAAAGAAUGUGUUAUUAAGACCUAAUAAUAAUGUUAAUGGAGAUAACAAACAAACAAUAGAGCCAAUGCAUACUGAAGUUAAUAAGUUGAUCAUAGAGCAAAAGAAACAAUUUGUAGAUGUUCUCAAUUUUUCCGACACAUUUGAUAUGUUGCCUGAAGAUGAAAAAAUAUCAAAUGUUGAAAAUGAAAUUCCCUUGUUUAUGGAUUUAGAACCUUCACAUUUUUCAAAGCCACCUCAACAUUCAUACAGGAGAAAACGUGCCGUAAAGUUCGAUUUUUCAGAAGAUAACAAUGAAGAAAAUGAAAAUAUCAAAUUACAUCCAAAGAAGAAAAAACCUACAAAAUCGGAAAAAGAGCACGAGAAAAAAAUUAACGAAUGGAUAAAAACAGUUAACAAUACAUUCCAGGAAAUCGAAGAAUAUGACUUGUUUAUUGAAUAACAUAGAAAAUGAUUGUUACUUAUACUUCAAAAUUCUAAAAGACCUGAAAAAGUUCAAAGCUGCACAAAUUAAUGAGUUUAAACUUUUCUUAUUUUUUAAUUUAUGUUUGAAACUUUAUGGUAACGAUAUUUAAAUGCACGUUUCUCCUUUAUAUUCUUUUAUUUCGAUAUUUUCUUUACAUAUAAAAUUAUAUCC